AAAGGUAGAGUACUUCCCUGUCCCAUCAGUUUCUCUCCUCCAGUUUGACCUUUGCCAAUCCCUGUGUUUAUUUGAAUUAAGACUCUGUUUUGCUUGCUGCCUCUUGUAUUAUAAUUCUGGUCUCCACUUAAGUCCAGAAUCACCAGACAGUUGAAAAAUCAUGUUUAUACUGAGAGCAAGGAAAGAGAGAUUUUUCUCAGAAAAAAGGAAAUCCAGACAACCAACACUGCAGAGAACAGAGCCUGAGCCCCUAAGCAACCUGCCAAGAGAAUCAGAGGGACCCAAAGAGGCGUUUACUGCAGUUUAUCAUUUGAAAUGGUUUGUGGAAAGGGAGGUAGGGAAGAGAGCUAUUUUGUUAAAGUCUCUGGGAAUGAGUAUAGUUGAACAGUACUAGUUAUACUGUCAGUUUGGCAGUUUUUAUUAGAUGAUUAUAGAGACCUACUAGUACACUAACAAAAUAGGCUUAAAAUGAUAAACCUUGAGAAACAAAUCUCCCUGUUUUUCCAUUCUUCUGUACUUUUUAAAAGCAGUAUUCUUUGUUCAUAUACAGUUCCCUUUCCUGGCUGACACAGAAAGUCCUGAAUCAUUUUGUGACUCAUAAUUGGUUAGAAUUUAGGUGAACAUCUUUAAGCUCUGAUUUGCUUUUAUCUAAAUUUCUAGAUUCUACCCUUGGGAUCAAAGACUGAAAAAUGAUUCCUCUCAAGUGAUCACUUUAUAAAUUUUUGCCUUAACUCUCUAAGCCUGAGAGGUAAGGAGGCUAGUGUUGUGCUUGUUGUAUCCACUUUUCCUUGUGCUUGUGACGCACAGCAUAGUAUUCUUUCUCUGUGUGAGUACUGGGUAGCGCCUGUCACCUCUAAAGCAGUAAGAGAUUUGUGUAUGUCAGGGAGACAUACUUGCUCUACUAUGGCUUCAAAUAAAUAGGCACGUUCUGGAAAGCUUGUGGCUAGGGGAGAGCACUAAAUGUAAGGUGGUGUAUGUGUGCCUGCCUGCUUUCUGGAGAUGGGAGUAGCUCAUUUUGGAUAGGGGUUUACCAUUUCUCUUUCAGAAAGACACUGGUAGUAUGUGGCACAGAGGAAACUAGAUGGUUAAAUAAUAAAUCCCAGGGCCAAGUUUGAUUUUUUUUUUUUUUUUUUACCCCAUAGCUAAAGAAUUGAGCUUUAGUGAACCUCACUACCAUUUUGUCUACUCAAACUAGUAGAGUGUCUCAAAUAAGGGUGCUUAAAAUGCCUCUUGUUUGGACAUCAUUACCCAGAUACUCUCUUGCCAUUCAAACUGGAGGUGAAUUUGGGUAGAAUCUAGAUUUUGGAAUUAGGCAGCUACUUAGCUUCUGAGUAUGGUCAAGCGUAGUGACUCCCCUAACCUUUGGUGCGAGACUGGUCUGCUCUCUGAGAUGUUCAGGCCCGGCAUCUUUAUACUAUUUUCUGCGGUGCUGAGACACUGUGUUGCCCAACCUCAUAUUAAAAUAUCUAGAUAGAAUUGCUUCCUGCUUCUAAACAUUAGAUGGCACUUCUCUGAAAGUUGUAACAUUGAAUGAAGUUGGCUUAGUUUUCCCCCUUUCUUGGCUUUCGUGUCCCCUCUGGAAACUUAGUGUGAUAAACUGCAGUAAGCUUCACCCUCUUCCCUCCCAUCUGCACUGAUCUCCACCUUUCCUGGACGGUUGCUCAGAUGCCUCAGGUGCUCUUCUCUGCAGAGUUUGAUAACCUGGGUUUAUUUUUCUGAUGUGAGCCUUUCUUUUCACUUGCUCUCCAGGUGAGCCUGGCAUUUGCUAGGAACCAGAGUGGAACCGGCAAAGUGGCCAGCAACAGAGUCCUGAUCCAAAUGGAGAAAGGGAGCCAGGCGUACCUCAACCUGGAGUGGGAAACUUGAUAGGAGUUUGAAUCAGCUUGGGUCCUGACAAAUAUUGCUUCAGGAAACUCUCUUCAGACCCGGAUUGUGAUUCAGGCAGGAGCUGUUCCUAUCUUCAUCGAGUUGCUUAGCUCAGAGUUUGAAGAUGUCCAGGAGCAGGCAGUCUGGGCUCUUGGCAACAUUGCUGGAGAUAGCACCAUGUGCAGGGACUACGUCUUAGACUGCAAUAUCCUUCCCCCUCUGCUGCAGUUAUUUUCAAAGCAAAACCGCUUGACCAUGACCCGGAAUGCAGUGUGGGCUUUAUCUAAUCUAUGUAGAGGGAAGAGUCCACCUCCAGAAUUUGCUAAGGUUUCUCCCUGUCUGAAUGUCCUUUCUUGGUUGCUGUUUGUCAGUGACACUGAUGUACUGGCUGAUGCUUGCUGGGCUCUCUCAUACCUGUCAGAUGGACCCAAUGAUAAAAUCCAAGCAGUCAUCGAUGCAGGAGUAUGCAGGAGACUUGUGGAGCUUCUGAUGCACAAUGAUUAUAAAGUGGUUUCUCCUGCUUUGCGGGCUGUGGGAAACAUUGUUACAGGGGAUGACAUUCAGACACAGGUAAUUUUGAAUUGCUCAGCUCUUCAGAGUUUAUUGCAUCUGCUGAGUAGCCCAAAGGAAUCUAUCAAAAAAGAAGCAUGUUGGACAAUCUCUAAUAUUACAGCUGGAAAUAGGGCACAGAUCCAGACUGUGAUAGACGCUAACAUGUUCCCAGCUCUCAUCAGUAUAUUGCAAACAGCAGAGUUCCGGACGAGAAAGGAAGCUGCUUGGGCCAUCACAAAUGCAACUUCUGGAGGAUCAGCUGAGCAGAUCAAGUACCUAGUAGAACUGGGUUGUAUCAAGCCACUCUGUGAUCUCCUCACUGUCAUGGAUGCAAAAAUUGUACAGGUUGCCCUAAAUGGCUUAGAAAACAUCCUGAGGCUUGGGGAACAAGAAGCCAAAAGAAAUGGCUCAGGAAUUAACCCUUACUGUGCUUUGAUUGAGGAAGCAUAUGGUCUGGAUAAAAUUGAGUUUUUACAGAGUCAUGAAAACCAGGAGAUCUAUCAGAAGGCUUUUGAUCUUAUUGAGCAUUACUUUGGGACGGAGGACGAGGACAGCAGCAUCGCACCCCAGGUUGACCUUAGCCAGCAGCAGUACAUCUUCCAGCAGUGUGAGGCUCCCAUGGAAGGUUUCCAGCUCUGAAGCAACCCUCUGCUUUCUUGUUCCUGUGUCAGACCAGGCUACCCAGUCAAGUCCUCUUGUGGAGCCCACAGUCCUCAUGGAGCUAAUUUCUCAAAUGUUUUCCAUAAUACUGUUUGCGCUCAUUUGCUUGCCUUGCGCACCUGCUCUCUUACACACAUCUGGAAAACCUCUGGCUCUCUGUGGUGGAAUACCCUUUUAUUACAAGGGUGACUAGAACGGCCCGCUCUCUUAUGGAAAAAUCCCUAAGCUUUGGAGAUCCGCACUUACAUUAGAGUCAUGGGAAUGUAUACAUACUAAUGUGGCUCCCUUUUUUUGUGGGGGAAAAAGAGGACUCUUCCUCAUUCCGUAAAGUGGGGAAAAUGACAUUAAAAGAUAAAACUAAAACCUUUAUCUUGAAUUUUACACAACUACUUGGACAAGGGAGAUAUUUAGACUUGUGUAUACGUCAGAGUACUCUUCUCGAGUUCUUCCACAGUGAAUCAACCCUUGGAGUACCUGGUGGCUUUUUCUAGCCACAUUCGCAUUAAUCCUUAUUGAAAUGGGAUGGUUUUCUUUCCUCUAAUGGAGUCAUUUUCUUCAGAUAUUAAAGUUAAACCAUCCAAUCCCUCACCUUCAGCCUUCAGUGAAUGUGCUUCUAGUUGUCAGGAAUGCUGAAGAAUUAACACUUUGACUUUUAAAUGUGAUCCUGGCUUGGCAGAUUUCCUUAAAGCAGGAAGGAGAGAAGCAUAUAUUAGUUUGUAUGGCUUUUGCUUCUCUUUGGUUUUGUUUCCUAGGAUUUGGAAGUGGUUCAGUUUUAAUGCUGGUAUGAAGGCUAAUAGUCCUUAAGUGAAACCAUGUUCUAAAAUUCAAUUAAAUUGUAAGAAGAACACAAAACCCACCACUUUCUUUAAACCAGUGCAACUAAAGGCUGUGUUUCUGCAUUACAAAAGAUACUCAGGCUUUGUGGUCCUGAUCAAGGUCCUGGUAAAUUGGAGUUCACCCUAGGUGCUUUUCCUCUUUGUGACUGGCAGAUAACACGUAUUUAAAUGUUACUUAGGGAUUUUUUUUCCCUUUGUUGAGUGCAGCUCGAUUCUGAUGUAGUCAUGCUGCAUACAUGCUCUUACAGUGCAGCAUCCUUACCUUUAAGAGCAUACUAGUCUCCGCAGUGUGACCUCUAGACUAAAGGGCAGUGAUCGGAUAACCUCAGUGUCCCCUGGUUUUAUUCCAUCUCCUGCGACCCUCCCUCCCGUACCUAGGAAGAACACGCCCACCUCCUGCUUAUCUAAUGAUGACUGUAAUGUACCUGCAAAUGGCGCUUCCAGUUCUGUGCUCACUGACCCACAUUUGUGCUUGGACUAGAAGGGGAAGAAACAAGAUAAAAAGGAUGAUUGCCAAGAGAACUGCAAAUGAGUUCAAUGUGACUUCUCGGUGCUAGUUGGCCAUCUUGGCUCAAUGUUGGGACACACUAUCAGAGAGGAGUCUUUUUUUUUUUUUUUUUUUUUUAAUGAUACUCUAUUCAAAAUGAAUUCUGAAGGAAAAGUUGCUCAAGUCUGUUUCAGAGCAUACCCUUUGAAAUCUUUUUAGACUACUCUUCUAGAAUUCAUCAUAACCCCAAAAUAGAUAAAAGCUAUUAUCUGGAAGUUGCCCUGACAAGCUAUUGCACAUCUCUGGUAAAUCCUGCUGAAUGUAAGGAAUAUUCAGAGCUUUCAUACCUCAUCAUGAUGUUAUUUAAGCAGCCAACUUACAUGACCUGAUUUACUUUGAAAAAUUUGUUUCAUUCAAACUAGAAAGUUCCAGAGACAAAGGACAUUGCUCAGCCAAGAGUGUGAGGCGUUCUUGCCCUAGUCUUUACUUGUGUCUGUGCUCUGGGAUGGAUGCCGUCUGAUGUCUGUUACUGAUGGAGCAGACACUACAAAACUAUUCAACUCCCAUCUGUCCUGUUGUUUUCUAGUGCUGCUUUGUGCUGAGAGAACAUGUUAGUUUACUGAACUUGACCUGUACAAGACUGAUUCUUUGUAAUUUUAGGGAUAAAUUAGGUGGUUAAUUUAAAGAUGAACUUUCAAUGUUGCCUUUACAUCACAUUACAAUAUCACUUCUUUGAGAAGGGUAAUAGAAGCACUGAUUCAUAGUAAAAAUUUUGUUUUUAGCUUUGACUUUUCUUGUGGCUGAUUUCUUUUUAAAUUGUAAAUUACUGGUAACAUGUUAUUUCUAGAUAAUGCUUUAAAUUAUGUACCUUCUAUUGGAUAGUUAAAACCUUUGCAUCUUAUAAACGCGUUUGAUCGAAAAGAAAUACAAAGCACACAGAGUUGUCACCCCACCUUACCAAGAGCAUACAGCUGGAACUUUUGUAGCAAUAUCAGGGUGACCCCGUGAGUUCAGGUCCAUUCAUCAGUGUGAGCUCUUUUAUCUUAAGCCUGACCAGAAGUUCAUGAACUUUAAAUAUCCUGAACGUUGUUUUUAUAGUAAAACGAUUGUUUAAGUGUAAACAUUGGAGUCAGCUAAACCCCAGCAAAUUUAGAUGUUAUGGAACUGAGUAUUUACAACACAGACUUUUUUGUUUUUUAAUGCAAGUGGAAUUUUAGGGGUUACUUGUAAAUCCUAUUUUUAGUCUUUCACCUGGCAAAAUCUAUUAAUUUAGUUUAAUCUUUUGAAUAUUUUUAUCAGAAAGGUAUUACUUAUUACAGAAGCAUGUUAUUAGUAUUUAUAACACAAAACCUCUUAAGGAUUUUAGAUAGUGAUCAGGGCAAAGUGGCUUUGUUGUUGUUACUUCCCAGUCUCCCUCCAGACUUUCCAAGUAUGUAUUUAAUACUGAGAACUUUGAUUUAAAAAGAAAAAAACAUUCAGAGAAUUUGAGAUAUAAAGGUAUCUGGCACCUGAAGCACCAGAAGGUCAAUACAGUUGGGUGGAGAAAUAAUUGGGAGAGUACAGAUGCCUGAUGUAGAGCACAUUUAGGAGACUCGUCUGUGGACACUUGUUCUUGCCACCAGUCAGAGCUUGUAGACUGCCCUCACUCGCCCACUGCUGGAAGGAAGCUCUGCUGCGCCGGGGUCGUCCCCACACCAGACAGAGCUGUUGGACCCUGGGUGUUUCUUCAGCCUUACUGUCCUAUAAUAAGUCUGAAUUGUUCCAGUUGCUGCUGACUAUGCCUAAGAAAGCAUAUGUAAGUAUAAUUUGUCAACCAAAUUCUGUUGUACAUGACCACCUACUGGCAACUUUGGUUGGUUUCUGUAGUGCUAAUAAACAUUUCAGCUGUCUGACCCCAAACAUGGGGCUGUAUUGUAAAACAGGUUUUCCUUGGGUUAUGGGAUUUAUUUCUGAUUAAAUUUGGGACAUUUUUCAUAUCAACAAGCAAGCCAUUUUAGCUGUUUUUAGGGGCUAAACCUUUUUAUUUAAGUUGGGAAGUGUGUUGAGUACCAUAAGAAAAAGGAGUCAGCUUUUUUUUCCCCCCCUUUUCUUUUUUUCGGAGCUGGGGACCGAACCCAGGGCCUUGCGCUUCCUAGGCAAGCGCUCUACCACUGAGCUAAAUCCCCAGCCCCAGGAGUCAGCUUUUGAGAGGGGGACUCCCACAUUCCCAAGUUUGCUCACUUGCAGUUUCAUUUUGAAGUCCUAAAUUAGUAGAGCCAUUUCCUUUUGUUUGGGGUAAACAAAUCAACUAUCUGCAGAGUUGAAGGAUUUUGGUCUACCUUUUCCUAUCAUUCAAAAUUAGUUAAAGGUAGUAAUUGGAGACCAGAUGUGACUAAGUAUAUUUGUAAUAUAAAUGACAUUCUGUGAUACUCUUUAUUGUCAGGAAAGGACAGCUUAGAAAAAUAAGUCCUAAGACAUCAGGUUAAUGUUUAAUAAAAUAGAUGUUUACUAUUUUAAAAAUAUGUCAUUGCUGGAGCUGGAGAGAUGGCUCGUGCUAAGAGAUCAUCUGUUAUGAGAAGUCACUGCCCUUGAAGAGGGGGUGGGGAUCCUGGCACCCCUGUCAGGUGGCUCAUGCUGCUGUCACUGCAGUUCCAGUGGAGCCAGAGCCACCUUCUGGCUUUCUCAGGUACCACGUGCACACAUGGUGCGCGUGCAUACCCGGGAACAAGCACUCGCAGAUGAAAACAAACCUUAAUUUUUUACAAAGUGUCAAACUUCUGUUGGUCAUAAGAUCAUCUGGAGGCUCCAGGUAAGAGGGAAUAUUAGUGGAGCCAAGGUUCAGUUUUUAGCUAAGAGUAGACAAAUUUUUGUUUUCCUUUAGGUCAAAUAAACGCAAGUCAUAUUUAGUGUCUAUUUUGUUCCAGUUAAUUGACUGAGUUCCCUUAAUCAGUCCUCUAGUUGCUAUUGAAGAUGGAAAAUUAAGACUUAAUGGAUUACUUCCCUUCAGUGUCAUAAUUCUUAGAUGUGGCUGUCCAAAGGAGAAAGCCUUUGCAAGUUCUGUUUCUCAUGGUCAGACAACAUUUCUGUGCUCAGGAAGUCCUGGGCUAGAUUUUUUAAUAGUCAUCAGUGGGCAAACCUUUUGUAUUAGACCAUUGUUCCCAACCAUUCCUAAUUGGCACUACUUUGAAGUGGCUCCAUCUCAUAUAUCACUAUUGCUAUUAAUUUGCAUAUAUGGAUAGAUGAACUGUCAUUAGAUAUAGUCAGACGAGUGCAACAAUGGUUUAAAAGAAAUUCAUUUGUUGGUUAUGAAUUUAAUGACCUAAGUGAAAACAGAGAUACUGAUGAACAACAACAACAACAACAAAAACGCUUUGGGGUGCAGAGUAUCUGGUCUUCUGAGUAGCACCAUGGGCGUGACGUUAGCCUGCCCUGCUCUCUUAAACGUAGAUUGCCCCGUGAACCUAUCCCUUUUGUUUGUCCAUUGGUUAUUUCCUACCUCAAAACAUUCUGACCAUCCUGUGCCCUUUCUCAAAAGAGUGUUUGUACACCUGAUCUGGAAUGGCUAUUGAUUCUUUGUACUGUAUGCAUUCUGCCAGGCCUUGGGUGAAUGCUUUGCACAUGGUCAAUUUUCAAUAAAUAGUGAAUGAGGAAUAUA